AUGAUUGUGUAUGAAGAAGGUGACGUGUUCGGAACCCUCACUAUCGUCGCCACUCUCUACGCCCUGGUGGGCGGUGGAGGGUGCUUCAUCGGUAUCUUUUUCUACAUGCCAGAGUUUUUCCCCACCAACGUCAGGAACCAAGCCACUGGUGUGGCCUCUGCCAUGGCCCGACUCGGAGCGAUGUUGGCGCCUUUUACAGGCAUCAUGAUGGAGAUUGCAGUCUGGCUCCCAGGUCUGGUCAUCGGGCUGUUGGCGUCACUGGUUGCCUGCGCUGUGACAGCUCUGCCGGAGACGAGGGGGAGAGAACUGCCACAGACCCUGGACGACCUAAAGGCCUGGUACGAAGAGGACAAGAAGAAGAAAUCUGACAAUAAAUUAAUCAACGACACUGAGACUGCGGCCUGAUAAUCACAACAGUUUUGAUCGUCUUUUAAAAGCAAAUUAAAUAAUUAUAGUGGUACUUGCAAAAAAGAAAAA